CAUGUUACGCACGCCGGAUUUGGGUGAUCCUCCGGUGGCGGAGAUCACUCACCCGUUUCACCCUCACAAGCUGAGGCUGGCCGACAACGUCACCGACGGUCACUGGCCUUUCCGGUGCGGCGGCUGCAAGGAGCUCGCCGCCGGCCGCCGCAGGUACAGGUGCGAGCCCUGCGACCUCACCCUCUACACGUGCUGCGCCACCGCGCCGCUCACCCUAGAGCACCCGCUGCUCCCGGGCCGGCACUUCCGCCUCCUCGAGCGGCCUCCGCCGCCGCCGCCAUGGCUCGCCGCCGACGACCGUGGCGGCGGCGGCUGGAGGCCGGCGUGCGACGCGUGCGGCGACCUCCUGCGCGGCGACGGCUUCGCCUACCACUGCGCCGAUGGGCACGGCCUCGUCGGCCUGAACCUCCACCCGCGCUGCGCGAGGCUGAGGCUGCCAGUGGCGGCAGCUCGCGGCGCCGCCGCCGUCAAGCUCUGCCGCAGGGCGGCUCCCCGCCGACGGUGCGGCGUCUGCAUGUCCGGCGAGGAUGGGUACCGUCACGGGUUCUGGACCUGCCGCUUCCGCCGCAGCGGCGGCGACGAGCUCGUCGACGUGCACCUGUCGUGCUUGAAGGAGUUGAUGUCACACUCACACGAGACUCUGACUAAUUUGUAUGAGAUUCUAAUGGAGGACGGGACGCCGACAAAUGAUUGUGGUGAAGGUGCAUCUGCACAAGAUAAUAGCAGUUACAGUGGGGAAAGUAACGGUGAUGCGGAGGAGUUCGAGAACCAGAAUGGAACAAACAACGGUAUGGUGCCGGAGAUGAAGACGAUCACCCACCCCAGCCACCCGGAGCACAAGCUUAGAAUGGUGACCACCACCGGCGAAGCGCCGUUCAAGUGCGACGCCUGCAAGGAGCCCGGAGACGGGCCGAGGUACCACUGCCUCACCUGCGAGGACCUCAACAUGCACAAGUUCUGUGCCCAUGCGCCGAGCACGCUCUACCACCAUCUCUUCGGCCGCACGUUCGAGCUUCUCGCCAAGCCACCGCAAGGACGACCGGAGAAACCGCACCCCGCCGCCACCGGUGGUGGCAGAGGCGAAAGCGGCGGCAGGUGGUGCGACACCUGCGGCGACCAUGUGUUCGGUCUCGUCUACCACUGCUCAGGCGCCAACCUCGACCUCCACCCAUGCUGUGCGAGCCUGCAGGAACUCCCGGUCCAAAACCGGGAGACGUUGGACCAACCGAAAGAAAGUCUUGCUACGCCUCAAAAGCUAGUUAAAGAGGGACUAGCCAAGAUCACUAUCGACGGGGUCGCCUUCGACAUCGCGGCGUUCAGCAAGUGCAGCCUAUGCAGCAGACAGGAGGAGGAGGGCCCGGAUCACUGCUGCCGCCGCCUCCGCCGCCAGGAGCAAUGGUGCUACUACAACUCCGACGUCGUCGACGGCGGCGGCGAGGCCGUGUCCCUGCACGUGUCCUGCAUCAAGCAGAUCGCACGGAGGAGAUGGCAGGCAGCUCGGGACAUGAAAUGUGGAGGGCAGAUCAUGCUGGCGAUCAGCGAGGAGAUGAUCGGUGAAGGUGGUCCUCUCCAUGGCAUUCCGUCGGAGCGAGAUCGGAACAUCGUCGGCGCGGUGGUGCGCGUCAUCAUCGCGGUGAUAUUUGGAGAUAGGACAGCCAUGGAGGGAGACAUCAGCUCUUGGGUAGCUUUAGGUCUCCCAUGGCUGACAAAUUUAUUUACCGUUCAAAGAUAAAUCGAUUGGUGUGUGUUUCUCUCGCUCAUCUAUUCAUAGGAUGCUACAUAAAUAAAUAACUGCAGGUAAGUAAAUAAACAAACAGAUAAUUAAUCGAUCGAGGUGUCUGUUGGCUUGUUUUUUUUCCACCUACUUUUGCUUAUAUAUUUUCUGGGAUUUGGAAUAAAUGGACUUGUAUU